AUGCAGGACGGUGGUGAGGAAUUGUUCUGUGACGAUAUUGCUAGCGACGCAGCCUCCGAUGAUCCCCCCACCGUGAGAAAAGAGGACAAGGAUGAAGAGCCGAAGGCGGUGACAGAUGAUUAUGAUGACGUUGAUGAUAAUGGUGAUGAUGAAGCCACGUGCGUCCCGUACUUGGCACCUCUGCGGCGAUCGACAUUCAUUUCCACGCCUGCCGCAUUGCCCACCGGUGUCAAGGUGGCGUGCGCAGGCAACGACGAUGACGCAACCGCCACGGUGGCGAGCCCACAAGAGCUGCGGUGCGCCACGACGGACGACUCAGACGACGACAAGAGCAUCCUGCAAGUUGGUCUGGAGGCCCUUCUUGGCGAGUGCGCGGCAUCCAAUACCGCCGGGGCGACAUUGCCGAUAUGCAGCGCAUUGCUGAAGAAUCACCUCGGCGUAGCAUCGGGCCAGUUCCGCCCCGGCCAGCAGGAGGUGGUGUCGUCAAUCCUCCGCGGCUGCAACACGCUGGCGUUGUUCCCCACUGGUUGGGGCAAGACGCUCUGCUUCCAGUUUCCCAUGCUUGUCCACCGUAUGCUAUUCGACGCCAAGCUCCAAGCGUGGGAACGGCAGCAGGGCGCGGAGGGAGACGUCGCGAAGACAACAGCGCCAGGGGCCCGCUUCGCCGUUGUUGUGUCGCCGCUACUGUCACUGAUGACUGAUCAAGCCUCGAGGAUAGCGAGUGGUGGGGUUCUGCGUACGGCCAUUCUCUCCUCCGGUACCUCGGCAUCGCGUGAAAAGUCAAUUCUGGAUGAUUUGGCAUCCCCUUUGUGUGCCAUUGACCUGCUCUUUGUGUCGCCGGAGCGCCUUGUUCGCCACGGUCAGCUCCGUAGUGUCCUGGCGAAGCAUGUGGAUCGCAUCGCCUUUAUCUGUGUGGAUGAAGUACAUUGUGUAUCGCAGUGGGCGUAUGACUUUCGCCCCUCCUUCAUGUACCUGCACCGCGUGCUUUCGGACCUCGGAAGCGAGAGUGCUGAUGCUACUGCCACAGCGGAAACAAAAAAGUCGCCACCAUUCCUUUGCCUGACAGCAACGGCGGCGCCCCCUGUCAUUUCUGACCUCCAGAAAACGUUUCGUAUCGAGCGCACCGUCACGGUGCCGUAUCGUCGUGACAAUCUCAAGCUGGAGUCUGUCUGUCUCGUGGACGCCGGCUCCAAGAAGCCUCCCACACACCGCACACUGCAAGAGAAACUCUUGCAAGCGGUGCUGGAGCUGCCAAAGCCAAUGCUGGUGUACGUCCAGACCCGCGUGGACGCGGAAGAGUUCGCCAAGUACCUCACAACAAAGCUGGGUGCCGCACAGAACGAACAGCUGGUAAAUGAUCGGAGCACCACAUCUUCCAACAUCUUUACAAGCGCCACACAUGAGCAAUUGCGUAAGAAUGGUGGCGUUGGAGGAGUUGAGGGAGGUCGUAUUGUUAUUCGGAGUUAUCACGCAGCUCUUGAACGUCAUGUGCGGGCCAGGACACAGCAGCAGUUUAUGCAUAACAGCAUUGAUGUGUUGAUCGCGACAGUGGCAUUUGGAAUGGGUAUUGACAAACCCGAUGUUCGCUCUGUGGUUCACACAUCCGCGCCGAGCUCCCUCGAAAGCUACGUGCAGGAAACCGGUCGUGCGGGUCGUGACGGUGCGAUAUCGACGUGUCGUCUUCUUUACAGUCCAUUCGACUUCUAUACGCUGCGUUCUCGCGCCCUCUCAUCCUUCAUAUCACCGGCGGAGAUGUUGGCUGUCGUGCAACACAUUCUCGGUAGCCCAACGACAAAGGUGGGGGAGAAGUUGACGAUGGUUUCUGUGUCAAAGGCCGCUGAGGAAUUGAUUAUGAGUGAGGAGACGGUCGAGACUAUCCUCUUUUUGAUCCUCACACAGGAGGACGGCGUGCUGCGUGAGUUGCGUGGAACGGCCCAAAUGGGGUACCGCGUGACACACGCCGUUGCCGAAGUUGUUGCUGCUGCUUCUGCCACUGAUGCUUCGGCGAAACGGAAGCGGGGGCGUGAUGCAUCGGCGCCGUCCGGCGUCAGUGGUGUCUUGGCGCAGCUGGAGGUGCUCGACGGGGUCUUCGAGCUGUGCCGGCAGAACAAGCGGAUUGAGAACGUCGUGUCCGCCGCCAACACGCUGAACAUGUCGCUGCAGGAUUUUCAAUUCAGGUUAAACGAUCUUGUUGCAGGUGGGUUCGUAUCGGUGCAGCGGAUUUCUUCCGCGUAUGUCGUUUCGCUGGGUGAGCAAUUCGCAGAGGCCGCUGCGCCGUCCGGGCAGCAGGCGUUGGCGCAGCGGAUGUGGCGCGCGCACCACAUGCGCCUCGAGGCCAUGACGCGUGCGCUUGAGGUGACCUUCGCGGUGCUGCAGAAUCCCACGCAUGACUCCAUACAACAAGGCCUGGAGUGGGACGCGAGGCAAGAGACUGCUACCACCAGCCCUGCAAUGAAAUGGCAGCAUCCGCCACGCGGUCUAACAAAGGUGGAGGCGGUGCAAAUCGCGAACGACUUUGUGGAGAAGAAUCGGCCGCGUAUUCGCGGCGUGUACGAGGCUGCCCGGGCACUCCUUGGUGUUCUACCCAAAAGUUUGACAAGUCGAGGAAAGUACGCGGGUGAGCUGCCACUCAGCACGAGUUGGUACGUUGGCUCGCCGUACUUUGGUCUGCUGAGGGAGUUUGCGCUGGAGUGGCUGUUGAAGGUGCUUGCACCGCACAGACUGGACGAAGAGGUGGGUACGAGGAACAUCAGUCUCUUGCCGACUGCUUAA